CCAAUGCAGAUGAUUGCUACAACACCACCGAAGACGUUAAAGAAACCAUCGGCGACUUUGACAAAUACGAAUUCCCAUUGGACGUGCUCUGGCUGGACAUCGAAUACACCUCCGAACGCAAAUGGUUCACCUGGAACGCUUCCAGCUUCCCCGAUCCCGUCGACCUAUUAAACUGGGUCGAUGCCCAAGGCCACCGUAAACUGGUCCCCAUUUCCGAUCCCCACAUCAAGAUCGACAACGACUACAAAGUAUACACCGAUCUGUUGGAGAACAACUACUUCGUAACCAAUCCAAAUGGCACUCCGUUCGUGUCUGAAUGUUGGCCUGGCGAAACCAGCUGGGUGGAUUACUUGAACCCCGAUGCCAGAGAUUACUAUGCCAAUCAGCAUUUGUACACUAACUUCCCAUCCACAUCCGCUCUUGGUGGUUUCUGGAACGACAUGAACGAACCUACUUUGUUUGAUAAUUUGUACGAAAGAUCUUUGCCUUAUGAUACCUUGCAUUAUGGUAAUGUUAAACAUAGGGAUGUGCACAAUAUUUAUGGUAUGCUCCAGACAAUGUCAACUCACCAAGGUCUUAUCGCUCGUGACGGAGGCAAACUGAGACCUUUCAUUCUUUCUCGUGCCUACUUCGCCGGACAACAAAGAUACGCCAACAAAUGGAGCGGUGAUAACUGGGGCCACUUUGAAGAUCUGAGAUUCAGCGUACCUAUGGCCUUGACCUCCAACUUGCUGGGAGUAGCCUUCUACGGAGCUGAUAUUCCCGGAUUCUUCGGAACCGCCACUGAGGAGUUGCUCAUCAAAUGGUACCAGAUUGGAAUCUGGCUGCCGUUCUUCAGAGCCCACGCUGCCAACGGCUCACCUAGACGUGAACCCUACCGUUUCAACAACGAUACCCAGAUAAUCCUUCGUGAAACCAUCGGAUUGCGUUACAAGCACUUGCCUUACUGGUACACCUUGUUCUACGAGCACACCAGAACUGGAGACCCAAUCGUACGUCCUCUGCUUUACGAAUACCCUGAAGAUAAAACUGGACACAGUCUUACCGAUCAACUGUUAGUAGGUAGCGAUAUUCUGACUUCCUCUGUAUAUGAGUCUAAUGCUACUUCAGUAUCCAUUUACUUCCCUGGAAAUAACCAAUCCUGGUUCCAAGUUACUGGAAAUCGGGUGGUCUUUGAGAGUGGCACAUGGAGUGAUGUUCCAGUUGAUUUAACAUUCAAUCCAGUUUUCUACAGAUCUGGAAGUAUUAUUCCUAGAAAACCCAAUGUCCAAAGAUCCACUGCUGAUAUUAAAGACGAUCCUAACGAACUUCACGUUGUACCAGACCAGAACGGAAACGCUACCGGCAGAAUCUACAUUGACGACUUCGAAAGUUUCAACUACGCAAACGAGAAACAAUACUUAUAUGUGAAUCUGGACUACGAUGCAUCGUCUAAAUCUGUUCAAAUAACAUCAGUUGACUCAGACAAUGAUGCAUCCAACUUCACUCUCUCCGUUCAAACGAUAUACUUGUACAACAAAAAAGACGAUGAAACUUUCACCAUCGAAAAAGUUGAACAAACCAGAGACGGAGUAUCUUUGGUAGAUCUUGAUCUUUCCACACAGCCAAUCCUUUUGUAAAUACUUUAAUGAUAUUGUAAUAUAAAUAGUUUUGAAUAAAAAAAAUAACUUAA